AUGGCCGAAUCCUACUCCCUGAGAUCACGACAAGUCGACCAAAUGGCUGGCGACGGUCACGAGGCCAACGGGUCGCCCUUCAGGCCUACGAGAGCCAGGGGCUCCGCAUCAACGAGGCGCAACUCGCCGUACCUUCCGACACCGCUCGAAAGCCUCGCCCUCCUCAUCUACCCGGUCCUCCUCGUCUUCGGCAGUCUCUUCUCGGUGCUGAGCCCCGAGACGCGUGCCUCGCCUUACGACGUGACGGGCCACUCACACGUGCAGACGGGCAACGCCGUGCCCUCGUACUUCGCGCGCAAAGACAACCUACUCAACAUCAUCUUCGUCAAGCGCGGUUGGGCCUGGAUCACGGUCGCUUUCGUCGCAUUUGCGGCCUCACACUCGACGUUUCGAUCCUCGGGCACUCGGCUCGCCCGCGCGGCGUCGCGCUGGGCGCUCAUUACCGGCUGGUGGAUUCUGGUCACGCAGUGGUGCUUCGGCCCGGCUAUCAUCGACCGCGGAUUCCGGUUCACGGGCGGCAAGUGCGAGGACGCACACGAGGCCGUCUUCGAGGGCACCGCGGACAAGAGCGACGUCUUCACGGCCGCUGCAUGUAAGGCCUCCGGCGGACGCUGGAGCGGCGGUCACGAUAUCUCGGGGCAUGUGUUCCUGCUCGUGCUGGGGAGCUACUUCCUCGUGCAGGAGGUCGGCUGGGUGCUGCUGCGCUCGGGUGCUGGGGUGGCGGGCCGCGGCGAAGAGAGGGCUGUCGUUAUGGGCGACGGGGCUGUCAAGGGCGCGGGCGUCGAAGCCGAGGGCGAUGGUGGUGCCGGCGAUGGAAGCGCACUCGGGGUCGGCAGCAAGUUCACGCUCACGAUCGUAGGGCUGUGCUGGUGGAUGCUGCUCAUGACGGCUAUCUACUUCCACACAUGGUUUGAGAAGCUCACCGGACUCUUGGUCGCUUUCCUGGGCGUGUACGCGGUCUACAUCCUUCCUCGAUGGAUACCGGCACUGCGGGGACUUAUUGGAAUGCCAGGCAUGUAG